UCUCCUUGCGGCAGGCGGUUCGGCCCAGGCAAAGUUGGACGGCCCUUCACCCAGUGGCGGUCCCGCGCCGCGCCGCGCCGCGGUGAAAGGCAUGGUGCAGCUUCGCGUGGAGCGAGGCCAGGGCGAGCUCAUCCCCAAGGACUGCUUCAUUCUGCCCUCUCCGUGCGCAUCGGCGACUCCCAGAAGCUGUCGCGGCUCUCGAGCCUGCACUCCUUCCGCUUCCCGCACGCGGGCGACCGCCGCCUGGGCAAGGUCGAGGUGUUCCAGCGCAUUGGCAGCGGCAGCAUUGACGUGAACCCCGCCAACUCCAACACCAGGGACCUUUCGAUCGACUGCUCUGGGGCGGGCUUCGGCAGCCUGGGCCUGAAGAUCAACGUGGAUCCGGACGAGACCAGCCAGCUGAAGGCGGGCGAGAAGCAGGAGAGCAAGGAGACGAAGGAGAUGAUGGCGGCGCGGGAGUACCUGUCCAAGCACGGCCUCGAGGUGAAGCUCUCGGAGGCCAUGCAGGCGGUGCUGCGCGAAAGGCCCGCAGACCCGGCCGCGAUGUUGGCCGCCAAGCUGAACAGCAGCACUGGCGAGCCACAGGCCCCCGCCGGGCCGAAACCCGCUGGUACGCGCCCGUCGCCGAAGGGCGCCGCGCAGGCCAGGGGCAUGUCGAAGAAGAAGGACGAGCUUGCCGCCGCGAAGAAGAUGGACAACGAGCUGCAGAGCGAGCUGGACCGCGCCGCGAGCGCAGACGGGGAUGCCAAGAAGGAGUGCCUGUCUGCCCUUGUGGCCUCGCUGGAGGAGUACGACCAGACGGCCAGGGAGGACUGCAUGGCCGCGCUCCUCGUGUCGAUGGACGGCGACAGGAAGUCCAGGCAGGAGUGCAUGUCAGCACUGGUCGGCGCGCUCAACAAGGACGACGCGGCCAGGGACGCGUGCAUGCAGGCCUUGCUCGGGGCCAUGGCGGUGUCGGACGAUUUGGACCAAAAGGCCAAGGCCGACUGCAUGGGUGCGCUGAUGAGCGCCAUGGAGCAGGAAGGCAUGGCCAAGCAGGAUUGCAUACAGGCGUUGGUCGGCCAUGUGGGUACGCAGGAUGCCGACGAGAGCGCCAGGUCAGAGUGCCUUUCCGCGAUGCUUGGCGCGCUCGAGGAGGACGGCCAGGCCAGGCAGGAGUGCUUAAGCGCCCUGGUGGAAGCCGUGGGGUCGUCGAAGGACAUGGGCGACCAGGCCAAGGCUGACUGCAUGGGCGCGCUUGUCGGCGCUCUCGAGCAGGAUGGCAUGGCCAGGGACGAGUGCCUGCAGGCCCUGAUGACGGCCGUGGGGUCUUCCCAGGACGUUGACAAGCAGGCCAAGGCUGACUGCAUGGGCGCGCUUGUCGGCGCUCUCGAGCAUGAUGGCAUGGCCAGGGACGAGUGCCUGCAGGCCCUGAUGGGGAAACUGAUGGUGUCCCAGGACGGGGACCAGAAGGCCAAAGAUGAGUGCGUGGCCGCCAUAGUUGCAGUACGUCUGCAGGACGGCACGGCCAAGCAGGACGUCUUGCAGGCGCUGAUGGCAUCAAUCGCGGAGGACGGCAAUGCCAAGCAGGAGUGCUUGCAGGCAUUAAGUGCGUCCGAGGACACGGGCGCGAAAGCGAAGGAGGAAUGCUUGGCAGCCUUGAUGCGGUCGUGCGCGUCCGAGGGCGGCGAGUUCCAGGCUAAGGCGGACUGCGUGUCUGCCAUGAUGGCGGCGCUGGGCACAGGAGGCGCCGACCAGAAGGCGCAGGAGGAGUGCCUGUCGGCGCUGGUCGGCGCCAUGGGGUCUCAGGGCAUGGAGCAGCGCGCCAAGGACGAGUGCGUGGCGGCUCUGCUGGAAGCUCUGGGCGAGGACGACAAGGCGAAGCAAGAAUGCAUCAGCGCGGUCCUCAAGAAAGUGUAGGGUUUCGCCGCCGAGGCUCCAGCCGCGGCUGCCGCGGGACGACAACCAGGGAUGAGCGGGAAACCGCAGAGAUACCGAAUGUCGCGUUGACCGCGGCUUGUGAUCCGAGCCGGGAGGACGGGGGGAGCUUUGUUCAAACCCAGGCGGAAUGGCGAUGUUGGAGCGGCUGUGUGUCAGAAGCCGAGAACGAUCGACCAGUGCUUUGGACAGACAUGCGGUCAUCUGGCUGACUACUCUCGGCUGCCGCUGUAGUUGCUUCGAGAGUGUCAUUCCAGUUUAGGAUGGUGGAACGUGGCCGCAAAGUGUUCCUGGCAACUUCGGCGGAGCCGCACCCGCCUCUUAUCUUACGCCCUGGGACCCCUCCUCAGGAGGAGGAGGAGGAAAACGAUCAUGUCGGAGGGCUCCUUUUUUCCCUCGUUUCUUUCCCUCCCUUGUCCUUCCUCCCUCCUCCCUCGCGGACCUCGCUCACAGCGCUCAACGCAACGCCAGCUGUCUCCUCAUGGAGUCCGCCCGCGCAAUGUUUGCGAGGGCCGCUGUAUCAGAUGCGUCAAGGGCCUGUCGCAUGAGGGCCAUCGUUCCGUUUCCUCACCCCUCCCUCUCCCGUUCUUCGCCUGUCUCCCA